GCACCCGCCAAGCCAAAUUCCUUCUUUAAAGAUGGAUAGCGACAUCAUGGUAGUUAUUGGUUACAUUUUCGGUCUAUCAUUCUUUUUUCCACAAAGCUUUGGAUAUUCUUGGCGGACGGGGACGAAGACGGAAGAAAAUAAUCUCAAUGAACUAUCAGAAGCAAGGAUGCGUUGGAGCAGCCUCAUAAGAAUAGCAAUCGGGAGAGCACUAAGAAGCGUGUCAUGACUGCAGCCAGCAACAACACAAAGAAAAUGAUAGAGGGGCUGAGUGUGUUGAAAUCAAAGACAUCUACAAAGCUUACGCGAUAACAUUCUGCCCUCAUUUGUGUCUUUUGUUGAGUAUUGUUUCAUGUCCAUGUGCGAUACGCAAAUGUCGAGCCAUUUUUCAAGAUCCUGUAGUUG